AACGCGUCAGCCGACGGUGCAACAGUCAAACGGAAUGGUUAUGAAUGGACGGUGACAACCGGCCCUCCGUUAAAGAGUAUCCUCUCCGCCUCCGUAGUACGCGAAGUACCAGUUAAAGUCCUCUCUGCUCGAACUUAUUCGCGAGUGCAAUGAUUAUCGAGGAUCAAUUUCAAUUCAAGUGCAACAUACUUGACGUCUUCCAGAAUGACGAUUACACCGUUCUCGAGAAGUUGACGUCGUGGUACCGGGAGUUUCUGCUGCACAUCGACACCAGGCUCGAGCAGGGGCACCUCUACGAAAAGGACUGCAGCGAGAAGAAAUCUGUCAACACCGGGAGGAUGUCGGAGCUGCAGCAGGAAAUCGUCACGACGAAAUCCGACGUGGACGCUGCCGAGCUGCAGCGGAAGAUAACUGACAAGAAGAUAUCGAAUGUGAUAAAGUCGCAGGAGGAGCUGAGGGACGAGCUGGAGAAGGCGAAAGAGAAGAGAGAAACCGUGUCGCUGCAUAUGGUGGACCUACAGCUCGAAUUAGAAGAUAGGAAGCAAAAGAAAGUCUCACAAUGGGACGCCAUUAAGCGCGCGUGCAACAUCUACAAAGUAAAUUUGGAUAUACAUAUAAGUCUCGAAGAGGAGGCGGAUCGUCGAUGCAUAAAAUUCUCCUUUUUCACGCACGACGAAGCGAUGAAGGAUAAAUACUUCGUUGAAUUGUCACACAGUAAUACUGACUGGACAGUCGAACAAAUUGAACCGAGAUUGAAGAAAGAGCAUUUCGAAAAGCUAACUGCUUUAAAGGAUUCCUCCGAAGGUACCAAAGUCUUCGACUUUGAAAUUACUACAUUCCUGUGCGAGGUACGAAGUAUAUUUCUAAAGCAUUACGUAAAAAUGAAGAAGAAAUCGUGAGAGACGCUCAACGCACCGGCCGUUAAUUGUAACAGUUCGUAGAACAGAUAUAUUAUUUUUAAGAUAAGAAAUAACAUGUUUUAUUCCUCGUUGCGAGAGUAAUUUUUUUUUAUUAAUAAAAGUCACGAUACCUAGAAGAUAAAAUUGCUAUAUGUGUGUAAGAUACGUAACAUACGACACACUGUCUAAACGUCGGCACGGUUUUAUUUAAUUAUAUCGUUACAGCGGUAUAUAUAUAUUUUUUUUUGUUUCUCCUUCAGUGUUUAUUUUCUCGUAAAAGUCAUAAAAGAGCAAAUUGCAAAUCACAGUGCGGAUAAAUAAUAACUUAGUCGCUAAAAUUA